AUGGGGGAGCGUCAUGUCUGUCAGAUACGCGCGACUCCAUGCUCCCAGACACUGGAAGAGAUGGAUUUUGAACGAGGUCCUUGGAAUUGUGCGAUUUUUGGUGAAACUGACCGCCUCCUUCAGCUGCUCGGACGUGGUGUCGAAGUUGAUUCUCGGGACUCUUUUGGAUUUACACCGCUGCACUAUGCAGCGAAAAAUGGAAAAUUAGAAAUUUGCAAAGUACUCCUAGCCCACGGGGCGAACGUCGCAGCCACAACUCGUUGUGGCAAAGCGACUCCACUUCACCGAGCUGCCUACAGUGGCAACUUAAGUAUUGUCCAACUGCUCUGCUCCCAUGCCAAACAAAAUGGGGAUGUGUCACUCGUGGGUAUGCUAGACGCUGAUGGCCAAACAUGCCUGCACGCCGCAGCACGAGGAAGCUCAUCCCCCGUAUUCCACUGGCUCUCAAAUGAAUAUCCUGAACUUGUUCCGAUCCGUGAUAAUGCUGGCAAAGCUGCUGGCGAGCUCUUGCCUCAAUGA